CGCAAUAAAUUUUGCAACAUUUUUGUGAUUUAUUGAGAGUUGUUUCUUAUUUUAUUACAGAUAAAUUCGUUCAAACAUGGCUUCACGAGGCUGCAAGUAUCCUGCAGAUGCAUUUUGUUAUGUCUGCGGAUAUUUUAUCAAAACAAGAGCGAAUAAGUACUCUUUGAAAACAGGUUUUAAAAUGUGCGAAGCUUACAAUGCUUAUUUCGGCAUGCCUGUGGGUGAUCAAGACAAAUCCUGGGCACCUCAUUUCGCGUGUGAAAACUGCAAAAGGACUUUGGAAGGAUGGUACAGAGGGGAAAAGAGAGCUAUGAAGUUUGCUGUGCCAAGAGUUUGGAGAGAACCCACUGACCAUUCAAGCAACUGCUUUUUCUGCAUGGUGGACCCUUCCAAACGUCGGACUGGCAAAAAAGCAAGUCAAAUCAUGUAUCCUGACAUUCCUUCAUCCAUGGCUCCAGUUCCACACAGCUCUGACCGCCCCGUUCCUACUCCUCCAGAGAAAGAGCAGGUGUCUUCCUGUGAGAGCCCUGAUUCCAUGAGUGUGGAAGACAAUGAAGGUGAAGGAUUUAAUUUACUAGCUGAUAACAAAAACCCAUACUAUCCCAACCAAAAGGACAUGAAUGAUUUGAUCAGAGAUCUUGGUCUAACCAAGUCCGAUGCUGAACUUUUGACGUCCAGACUGAUGCAGUGGAAUUUGCUGGAUCCUAGUGUUAAAGUCACAUGUCAGAGGAAGCGUCACGAACUUUUUUCCAACUUCUUCAUCAGCGAAGAUGGGCUCUGCUUCUGCCACGACGUGACCGGUCUGUUCGAGGAAAUCGGAAUUGAUUUCGAACCAAAAGAGUGGCGCCUCUUCAUUGACAGCUCAUGCAAGAGUCUCAAAGCCGUGUUGCUUCACAAUGGCAACAAGUAUCCGUCUCUUCCUCUGGCGCAUUCAGUAUCUCUCAAAGAGAACUACGACAAUGUCAAGAAAGUGCUGAACGCAUUGAAGUAUGAGCAAUAUGGCUGGGAAGUGAUCGGAGAUUUCAAAAUAGUGACAUUCUUAAUGGGCCUGCAAGGCGGUUACACCAAGUUUCCUUGCUUUCUAUGCCUGUGGGACAGCAGAAACGACAGUGCACACUACAGUAAGCGUGAAUGGCCACAACGAAUUGAAUUCACAGUGGGGAGGAACAACGUCAAGUGGGAGCCCUUGGUGGACCCCGAGAAGGUACUGAUGCCACCACUCCACAUCAAACUGGGUCUUAUAAAGCAAUUCGUCAAAGCUCUCGACAAAAAUUCUUCAGCGUUCAAGUACCUACAAGACUUGUUCCCUAAGCUCUCUGAGGCGAAAGUUACAGCCGGUAUCUUCGUUGGACCACAAAUAAAGAAAAUCUUCGAGUCUGAGGAAUUCCCCAAGAAGCUCACUCGUGUUGAGAAAGCUGCUUGGAUGAGUUUUAUGUCAGUGGUACAGGGAUUCCUAGGCAAUCACAAAGCCGCAAACUAUGUGGAGCUGGUCGAAAGUCUGGUGGAGAACUACGGCAAAAUGGGCUGCAGGAUGUCUCUCAAACUCCAUAUUCUGGAUGCACAUCUUGACAAAUUCAAGGAGAACAUGGGAGCAUAUUCAGAGGAGCAAGGCGAGCGCUUCCAUCAGAAUAUAAUGGAAUUUGAGCGGCGAUUCUUUUUAAAGCAAUAAGUACUAGAGUAAAAAAAAAAUUUAUUACAAAAAGAAAAAAAAAUCCGUUGCACGAGGAUUCGAACUUCUGAUCUCUAUAAUGGUAAUAAUAAUAAUAUGAUAAGUGUAGAAGUGCUUUCCCUCAAAAGAGCUUUUCACCAUUUAAGUUGGCGCAUGAGCUAUUUUUGUAAGACUUUCAUGCCAGAAUAAAGAAAAUCUUUUAAACUAUUUUACUAUUUUUCAAUUGUCUUACAAAGGACUUUCGACUAUCUUAGCCAGCAUUGC